AUGUUGAGUGGCGAGGAACUGGUUAAGAGAGGCGUAACUCACUUUGAAGUAAAUUUACCAGAAGCCGGCUUUAAAAGUGUAUUUUCUAAUGGGUCCUGGUUGGAACAAAAACAGGUGCAGGCUGCUUUGGAAACCAAGAAACAUUUGAUAGGAGUGGAACGAAUUGAAAAAAGUUCAACGCUAAGUCAAGCUCAUUGGAAAGAAGAACUCAAUUUGGCUGAAGUGACACAUAAAGUUGGAGGUCAUUGGCAAUAUUUGGGUCAUAAUGUGGGGAAAAUCCUCUAUAUCCAACCCGAAGAAGCUUUGUUCUUGAUGGAAACUAAUUGUUUACUGUUAAAUUAUGGUGGAGUUAAAGUGUCGCUACAACAAGCAUACUCCUUACUUCUUAAAGGAGAAAUUAAUUUAAUUAAAUAUAAGGUUUAUGCCUCACUCAGCAGAAUUGGAUACAAAGUUUUUAGGCACAAGAGUUUUGACAUAACUCCCACGGAGGCUAUAUCAAGCAAAGAGAUUGAAAGCAAUUGUACUUCUUUAAAUUUUGAUGUAGAAAUAGCAUGCAAUAACACCAUGAGUAAUGAAGAAAACACUGAUAAGCUUCAUGAGAUUCAAAAUUUAAAUACAUCCACAGAAAAGCAAAACCAAGAGGCAGUAAACAAAGAGAUUACAGAAAAUUCAAAAGGCACUAUGCAAUUACAUGUGCAAGAAAGUAUAACAAAAAAAAAUGAAAAAUACAACAAUGUUUCAAACAGUUAUCAAAUUAAGCUAAUUAAAUUAAGAAAAAGGAAAAGCAAACAGAAUAUACUAAUGGUUAAUAGUUACUUUGACAGCUUACCUAAUUUUUUGGAAAAUGAUGUCAUUACUAUUAAAGCACAAGAUUCAAGAUUUCUGCCAAAUACCAUACAGCUCAAACAAACAUAUACACUGAAUUUACAAGACAUUCCAAAAAAAAGUGAAACACCAAAAUCAUGGACAUACAGUGUCAGUGACGAAGUAAAUGGUAGCCACAUUAAACGGUUACGGUUUAAUAAUAACAGCCAAGAAAAUACAAAUCAGUCUCAAAAUAAUCGAACUUCAUUUUUUUCCAGACCCCAUCAUUUGAAUUACAUAAAUUUCAAUAUGUUUUUCAAAAACACACUUCACCAAGUAUAUUUUCCAUCUCCAUUUCAAAGUUUUGGACCUCAAAUUUAUGAGAAACCAUUUGGACGUCCUAAUCCAUUUGGUAUUAGUAAAAAUAGGUUUCAAUCUCUGUCAAAUGAAAACAUUCAUCUGGAGAAAAUAAAAGAUUUGGCAUUAAGAUUAAGAACACUCUGUAUGAAGGGCAAUGCAAAUACAUUUAACAUUCAAGCCCUUGAAGGUCUAAUCGGUACAUAUAAUUUAAGAUAUAAAAGAAAUAUAAAGCUAAGUCCUAAUUUUGAGAUUCUGGAUGAAGCCAGCAUAGUGGAAACAAUUGAAUUAGAAGAUGAUGAGCCACAAACUAAAAAACAAAAAUUAGAAGAUGCUUUUGAAGAAAGACUGAAUUCUCUUAAACAAGUGGCGUUUGAGUUACAGAAUCUAGAAGCAACUGGAAAAGCAAGCGCUAGGCACAGACGGGCUUUUUCCAAAUUACUUAAAACAUUCAACAAAUGUUUUAAUGUUGAUUAUAAUCUAAACACUAAGUAUGAAAUAUUAGAUAGGAGACAGAUAACUCUAGAUUCCUCAUCUGACACUGAAUGUAUAGUGCAAAAAGCGCCACUAACAGCACCAUUAAAAAAAUAUGGCAAAAGGAAAAAAUUAAGAAAUCCCUUUAAUAUCCUUAAAAGACUUUCCGAAAAACAAGAUAGCACCUGCUGUUCUUACGAAGGUAAUAGUGACUUGGAUGAUAUGAGUUUUAAUGAAAGUACUGACACUUUAGUUACGGGAAAUUGGCUUCCACCCGAAAAUGAUUUUGGCAGACCCGUGAUUCCAAAGAAGUAUAUCUAUGAUCCCCUAUUUGAUGAAAGGAAAACUAAUCUCCUUUACGACUACGUAAAGUAUAGGCCUAAUCUAUUUAAUAAUUGGCUGGAGUUAAAGAUAGCUUUUAUAGAGAAUCUUCAAGAAACAAUUACAGAAUUUAGUCAUGAAAUGACAUACUUUCGAAAUAAUUUUGAUAAAGACUGCUUAAUUAUACCCGAUGAUUGCGGAAAUACGGAAAAAUUGCUUCAAAAAUUGAAGAUAAUCAAUACAACUUCUGAUAUUGAUGCUAAACAUACAUUACAAAUAGAUUUUGAUGUCUAUAAUAGGGAUGUUGAAAAGUUUAGCAAAAGGCAACCUCCUAAACCUCAUUUUCGAGUUAUUUGUUUAGACGAAUCAUUGAAGUUACCAAGUGCCUUAGAAGUUGCAGCUAUCAACUCUCAAUAUCGUGAUGAUGUACAAAUAGUUUUUGCUUUAGUGAGUGUUAGCUCUGUAUCCUACUUACAAGUGAAACCAAUAGAGACACCAUUGAUAUUUGGUCCAUCAUGUUAA